CACCCACGCCGGCCUUUAUAAACACACCGCCCCGCCUCACACAGACUCGCGUUCAUUCCUUCUCCUCCGUCUCACUCGCCAUGCACAUGGAAGCGCCGCCAACAAUGGACGUCGCCCACGACCCCGCGCCGUUUUCCCCGCUCUCCUCCGACGUUUCCCCCCACUUCCCGCCGUCCCAAGCGGACGCCGGCGCCUGCGCGCUGGAUCUGUCCUUCACCUCCACUGCCUCUGCCUCCACCUCCUCCUUCACCACUGCCACCACCUUCAGCGCGCGGAGCUCGCUCUCCCUCCCCUCCUUCUCCUCCUCCACCUCGCUCUCCCCGCGUCCGCACUCCUCCGCCGCUUCCCCGCACUGGGCGCACCUCGCCGCCGCACGCGCAGCGACGCCUGAUGGCGUGCUCCGCCUCGCGCACCUCCACCUCACCCGCGAGCUCGGCCACGGCCACCUCGCGCGCGUUUUCCUCUGCCGCCUCAAGAGCUCCCCGCCCGCCUCCCCGCUAUUCGCGCUCAAGGUCGUCGACCUCCGCGACGACGAUCCCUCCCGGGUCUCCCACGUCCUCGCCGAGUCGCGCGUCCUAUCCUCGCUCGACCACCCCUUCGUGCCCACCCUCUACGCGCGCCUCGACGCCGGUCGAUACGCGUGCUUCCUCAUGGACUACUGCUCCGGCGGAGACCUCCACGCGGUGCUCCGGCGCCACCCCGGCGGCCGCCUGCCCGUCGCUGCGGCGAGGUUCUACGCUGCGGAGGUCCUGCUCGCGCUCGAGUACCUCCACGCGCUCGGCUUCGUGUACCGCGACCUCAAGCCGGAGAACGUCCUGCUCCGAGGCGACGGGCACGUCGUGCUCUCCGACUUCGACCUCGCGCUCCCGGCGUCCGUGGAGCCCGCCGUCCGCCGCCGCCAGGUGCGAAAACAGAGCCGCCGCAGGAACAUCUUCCUUCCAUCGUGCUUCUCUGGCAAUGGCGCCAGCGACGACGACGAGGGGAUCGACGCGAAGGAACUGUUCGAGUUCGUGGCCGAGCCGACGACCGCGAGCUCCAAGGACUGCGUGGGCACGCACGAGUACCUCGCGCCGGAGCUCGUGAGCGGGAGCGGCCACGGCAACGGCGUCGACUGGUGGGCCUUCGGCGUCUUCCUCUACGAGCUCGUCUACGGCCGCACGCCGUUCAAGGGUCACACCAAGGAGGCCACGCUCAAGAACAUCCUCUCCAAGCAGGUCAGUUACCCGCAGCUCGACGGCGAGGCCGACGCGGCCCAGCUGCGGGACCUCGUCGGGAGGCUGCUCGAGCGGGACCCGCGCCGCCGCAUGGGUGCCGCGCGCGGCGCCGCCGAGAUCAAGCGGCACCCGUUCUUCGCCUGCGUGGACUGGGCGCUCAUACGGUGCGUGGCGCCGCCGGUGGUUCCGGGCAAGGACGCCGCCGCGGUUCCCGCGGGCGGGGACUGGAAGGCGAAGCAGCUGGGGAGCUGGAGCAGCAUGGGCGGCAGCUCCUUCAAGAGGAAGAGCAGCAGCUUCGGGAGGAAAUCGAGUCACGAGGAACGGCAGGGGGUUUUCCGCAAGCUGAUGAGUUGGAGCCAGGAGAGCCGAUCCAAAAAGACCAAGACGAACAAAGUAAAACUAUGAGUGUGCCCAUCCUUAGUUUUGGUGUGAUUCCGGCCGGGGGCUCUUGGGUUUGUCCUAGUUUUGUUUAGGGUAAAUUACUUUGUUACUGCGUGUAUAGAGUGGUGUGGAUUAUGGCUUUGCGUUGUACAAAGACCGAGGCGAUGUAUGUCACUGAGUUUAUCAGUUGACAAGGUUUGGUCCAUGUUCAUAUGUGGAGAAACUUCAUCCCUUGUUGAUUAGAAAAACAGUUAGGAAGCUGCUUAAUUUCUAAUUGUCUGUUUUCUUUUAUUUUAUUGGGCA